UCGCGUCAGCCCGACGCCCAACAUGGCGGCGCCUGCACACGAAGCCUCGAUCGACACCUUGAUCGACUUGGCCACCUACGACGACCGCCCUACGCUGCUCCUCGACACCAGCACGCGUCGCAUCCGCUUCUGCAACAUUGCCUUUGACUCGCUGCUCCAAGGGACCGGCGCCUCUACCGACUUUCAGCCAUGGGCCAACAGCUUGUGUGCUGUCGCCGCCCAGGCUACCCACGAGCCCAUCGACUUGGGCACCUUUGCCCACCAAAAAUGGCUAGCCAAGAGCUUUGGGUCAAACAUCAUGACAGUCUUUUGCCGCUGGACCGCAGCGCCAGCACCUGCACCUGCAUUGUCUGCCGAGGACGCCGUCAUGCUGGAUCAUGACCAACAACAGGGCGAGGACAAUGUCCUCCUGGAGAAGACGAAGCUCACAGAUAUGUACAUGGGCUGGCUAGAACCAAAAGACGACCCGUGGAUGUCCUUUGUCCGGCACUACCCCUUCCACGACACACCCCUAGGCCCAAUGUCGGCCUGGCACCCACAGUUGCGCCGUGCCGUCCAGAGGAUGAUGGUUUGUCCAGAAACGCGUAUCCUGUAUUGGGGCGACCAACAUGCAAUGCUAUAUAAUGAGGCCGCCGUGCCAAUCCUUGGAAAUAAGCACCCAUGUCUGGGAAUGUCCUUGGCCGACACCUGGGGCCACGCAAUGUUUGACCAGAUCGACAGUACAAUCAAAGCUGUUGUUUUGUCCGGCAAGGCUCAUCAGAUGAAGAACGUCAUGUUCGAGAUGCAUAGGCACGGCUUUCCCGAACAAACAUGGCACCACUUCUACCAACUACCCAUCACCGGUCCGGACGGCCGAUAUCUCGGAUGUGUUUGCGAGUUUGCUGAAAACACUACUGCUGUUGUGCAAGAGAAUAGAGCAGCCAUCCUUGACACAUCCAUCAGGAUCGCUGCAAGUGCGACCGAUCUGAAGCAACUGUGGCCUCUCGCACUGGAACCUCUCGACAAGACUUCGAUUGACAUCGUUGCUGCUUGUAUCUUCUCUAUUGCCGGCCUUGCAGAUAAUACUCAACCGACCGAGUCAUCUCCAACCUCGAGAGACUAUGUCCUCGAGGCUUCUUUUGGUGAAACCAAUGCCAAGUCAACAUCGUUGCUGCUAAAGAUACUCAACAAUGCAUCCAACUACGAAAAGUUGCUUGUUCUAAGACGGGACGAUGGCACGCUUCCCUCUGGCCUACAGUGGAGCACCACCGACCACGGUGCCAUCAAUGUUGUCUGCGUUCUGCCAAUCACAGAUCUACGCAACCGCAAGCUUGCUGUCGCCGUCUUUGGUAUGAACCCCGGCAGACCCUUUGACGAUGGUAGCGUCUCUUUUGUAUCAAGGAUAGGCGACUUGACCCGAAAAGGUGCCAUAUUUGUCACUCUUCCCGAGGAGCAGAAGAGAGCUGCAGCCAUAACCUCGGCAUUGUCUGACAAGCUUCAAAUUGCCCUUCUGGAGGCAGAGAUAAAAGAGGAUUCGUAUGCUCGCAUGGCGAGACAGGCUCCAAUUGGAAUGUAUAUGCUGCGACCGGAUGGAUACCCCGUCUUUGUCAACGAUGCAUACCUAGCAUUGCAUGGUGUAUCGCGAACACAAUUCUACAAGAACGCAGACGAAGGUCUUGGUUGGAAUGCGACCCUGCACGACGAUGACGUAGCUCUGGCAACCGAUAUGUGGUUGUCCACAAUCUCCAGUACCAAACCUGUUCAGAAUGUGGUGAGGACAAAGGCUCCUGCAUACCCUGAUGGGGUGCGCUUUGUGGAAAGUAUGUCGUUCGCGGAACGCGAUGAAGCACCGCUGAAAGAUUCUGCUCAGACGAUCACCCUCUGCGCUAGGCACAUGAAGACGAUUAUAGAUGAAGUUCUUACCUUCUCAAAGCUGGACUCGAACCUUCUGGUCCUCAGUUUGGAAAGAGCCCGAGUCCCUACAAUCAUCGAGACCGCACUGAAGAUGUUUGAAAAGGAGAUUGAGCACGCCAAGAUUGUGGCAAACAUGCAAGUCGAUCCGAGCUACGUGGACCUCGGUGUAGAUUUUGUCCUGGUGGAUCCUAGUCGUCUGCUUCAAGUGAUCAUCAACUUUCUGUCCAACUCCAUCAAAUUCACAAAGUUUGAACAAGAACGAAGGAUUACCAUCAAGCUUGCUGCUUCUCUCACAAAGCCUACCGAGAAAGACUUUGGUAUUGCUNUUUUGAGCUCACGCAAGGAUCCUACAAAAGACACUUCCAUGCCCGGUACACCCACAGCCGCUUUGCCAGAGUUCAAGUUCGAACUUGGAGAGGAAGUGUACAUCUAUGUCGGUGUCGAGGAUACUGGACGAGGUCUCACAGCAGACGAAUGCAAAGUUCUUUUCCAGAGAUUUGCUCAAGCGUCUCCCAAAACUUACAAAACCUACGGUGGCAGUGGUUUGGGUUUGUUCAUCAGCCGAGGCCUCUCUGAACUACAGGGUGGACAGAUCGGUGUAAAGAGUACAGCAGGAGUCGGUUCGACAUUUGCCUUCUUUAUCAAGACACGACAAACAGAGCCCCCUAAGCCUGCCUCUGGUACCGAGUCAGUGAAUUCGGCAGAAGCAUUGACUGGCGUUCUCAAUUUGCCUCACUCAGACGGCNAAAAAGACGUCAAAUUACUGACCAGCUCAAGUGUUGCGGUAGAAAGCAGUCUAUCGGUCAAAGGUUUGCAUGUCUUGGUCUGCGAAGACAACAAGAUCAAUCAGAAGGUACCGACACGACCUUUUCUCCUUGUCAAUCCAGCAUUUCUAGAAGCUAACUCUCGACUUUGCAGGNUCAUUGCUCAACAACUACGCCGUCUGGGCGUCCACACAGUCCACGUCGCCGACGAUGGUCUCGCCGCCCUAAACUUUCUCGCUACCACUACCUUUUGUUCUUCCUCUGCCACUGCCAUCCCCCUCUCCAUCAUCCUCAUGGAUGUCGAAAUGCCAGUCAUGGAUGGCCUAGGCGCUAUCCGUCGUAUUCGUCAAUCAGAGUCGAGGGGCGACAUUGCGAAACAUGUCCCUGUGAUUGCGAUCACGGCUAAUGCUAGGCAAGAGCAAGUUGCUGUUGCGCUGGAAGCUGGUAUGGAUGAAGUUGUUACAAAGCCAUUCUUGGUCAGGGAAUUGGUGCCGCGGAUGGUGUCGUUGGUGCAGAAGUAUAUGAGUGGCGGA